UUACUCUCUCUCUCUCUUUCUCUCUUUCUCUCCUUCUCUCUUCCUCUAGCUCUCUGAUAUCUAUCUCUUGGCUAGCUUCAAUGGCACCUAUGAGCCUCCCUCCUGGUUUCAGGUUCCAUCCAACAGACGAAGAGCUUGUUGCUUACUAUCUUGAUCGAAAAAUUACAGGCCGCACUAUUGAGCUUGAAAUUAUCCCAGAGAUUGAUCUUUACAAGCAUGAACCAUGGGACUUACCAGACAAGUCAUAUUUGCCUGGGAAAGAUAUGGAGUGGUAUUUCUUUAGCCCUAGGGAUAAAAAAUAUCCAAAUGGGUCAAGAACUAACAGAGCAACGAGAGCCGGUUACUGGAAAGCCACCGGAAAAGACAGACCGGUACAUUCUCAUAAGCGGUCGGUUGGGAUGAAGAAGACUUUGGUUUAUUAUAGAGGUAGGGCUCCCCAUGGCAUUAGAACUAAUUGGGUCAUGCAUGAGUAUCGGUUGCUUGACUCCUUGUGCGGCACUGCUUCCUCUGCUUUAAAGGAUUCUUAUGCAUUGUGUCGCGUGUUCAAGAAAACAAUACAAAUUUCUAAAACAAAAGAAGGAAAUAAUGAAGUACAGAAGGAAACAAUGGCGGGGGUCUCAGAUGAACAAAUGUUAGGAGAUGACACAAGUGGGGUUGAAAGUUCCCACGGAAGAGAAGCCGAAGAUGAAAAUUUCAAUUACUCUAAUAAUAAAUUCCCAUCUGAUACUUCUUCUUCUGAUUUCACUCGAGGGACUCCCACUGAAACUGCUGGCACAACAGAUGAUUUACAAGCUCCAUUUGUCUCCGAUGAAGCUAACAGUGCAGCUAAUAUGUAUUCCCUUGGCGUCGACUUCUCUUCCAAUCUAAUUCAGGAAAUGCAAAUGCCGAACAUUUAUGCAGACCUUCAAUAUCCAUGUCCAUACCCACCAUUAGAAGUAGAAGACUUCCCACAAAUAAACAUAGCGGAGGAGACGAAGCCAUCAAAGCCUGAAAAUUUGGAGGAGAUUUUGAUGUAUGAUAAAUACUACAGGGAUUACAUGAACGGGACACUGGAAGAGAUUUUUUAUUUGUGUGCUUCUCAAGACAAUUCCAUGGCGCUCACCAUGCGAGAAUGAUCAUCAGAUUACUAACAAAUUAAAUGAUACAGCUUUUAUACCUGUUUCUUAAUUCUCACAUAUAAAUAUAAAUAUAUAUGUAUGCUACUUAAUUUUAUACUUACAAUUCAUUGACGACACAAAUUAAAGGUUAGAAUUAAUAUUGUAUUGGGGCAUUAAUAACCCAAAAUGGGGGAUUAUUUUGCUAACCACGAGGCAAGUCAAGUCUGUUUUCCAAUAUUUGCUUUUGCUUCAAGAGAAUUGAAUUGUACCACUUAUACAAUCAUGGACCCAUGGCAUGGGCAUACCAUUAUUUCUUUGUUUCUUUCAUUUUUUUUUU